AUGGGACAGGAGAGCGAUUCCCCCGUCGAGGAGCAACCCCCUCCGCUCCCUCCUCGACCGCACGCGAGGAGCGUGAGCAGCGCCGUAGACCAGAAAUCCUUUUUGGGCGAAGCGACGACUGCUAUAACACCUUUAGAUAUUCAGACCCUGUCCUUCCCCGACGGGUCACGAGGAACAUUCUCCACGCAUUCUCGCUCUGCGUCGACGCCGACAGGCAGCGGCUAUACGUCUCCCAAUUACCGACCAAGCAGCUCGGGGGCUGAUGGCGACGAUGCCGCCAGCAUCAUGAGCUUUGCGCCUACAAUGCGCCCAGCGGGAGAUAUUGCCAGCCUGUUGACGUCCUCGCUCAGCAAGAAGAGUGCCGCAUGGAAUCUGCUAAAGGCGCAAGCGGCAAGUGUCCAGCCGUUUGAGAAACAUUACAGAAGCGCCGAUGAUCGACUUGCCGAUUUCGAGAAGGAAUUCAAUGCGCUUCCCGACGAAACAAAUGAAUACUUCAAGGACGACGAAAGGUUGGCCAUUUGGCGGUCAAAAUUGAAGCAGUACAUGAUCCUAUCUUCCGCCGGCAAACCCAUCUGGAGCCGACACGGAGACCUCAACCUUAUAAAUUCCUCCAUCGGAGUAGUACAAACCAUCAUAUCUUUCUACGAAGGGUCCAAAAACCCUCUCCAGGGCUUCACAGCUGGCAGCACCCGAUUUGUGGUAUUGACUCAGGGGCCACUCUAUUUCGUAGCUAUCAGCAAGCUUGGGGAGAGCGACUCACAGCUACGAGUGCAGCUGGAGGCUUUAUAUAUGCAAAUCCUAUCUACACUUACGCUGCCUUCUUUAACCAACAUAUUCGUGAAUCGGCCGUCUACCGAUUUGCGCAAACCAUUGCAAGGAACCGAAGCCUUGCUAUCGUCGCUAGCAGACAGCUUCACGAAAGGGUCUCCCUCGGCAUUGCUCAGCUCAUUGGAAUGCUUGAAGCUGCGCAAGUCUCAGAGGCACACAAUCAACAAUACAUUUUUGAAAUCAAGAGCCGACAAGCUGCUCUACGGGCUCAUUGUAGCAGGGGGCAAGCUUGUCAGCGUCAUACGGCCACGGCGCCAUUCUCUUCACCCUAGCGAUCUCCAGCUCAUAUUCAACAUGCUCUUUGAAUCGGAAGGCAUCAAAGCUGGAGGCGGCGAAAACUGGAUCCCGUUGUGCCUGCCGGCCUUUAACAACAAAGGCUAUCUAUACAUGUAUGUCAGCUUUUUCGAGGGAGUAUCGGGCGAACAGGCGACGGCACCCGCUGCGGCCGUGGGACAACCGGUGGACGAAGAGAUUGCCAUGAUCCUCAUCAGCGCGGACAGGGAAGCAUUUUUCAGCCUCAAACAGAUGCGAGACGACGUCGCGCAGCAACUGGCGAAGAACGGUAGCCUUGCCAUCAUCCGGGACGCUGCUCGUGCUGGUCGUCCAAGCAUGGCGCAGAUCGCGCCGGGAAGCCCUAUUUGCCAUUUCUUGUUUAAGUCGCGAGCGAAUGUGCAAUUUUGCAUGUCGAGCCUAGAGCCAACCUUCAGCCAUCCUGUAAAGAGAAGACGUCUUAUGACGGUAUAUCACGAGCUACAAGCCUCAACUCAUGCAAAGAACGCGCAUCUUAAGAUUUUGCAAUGCGUGAGCGAUGAUUCUACGUCUUUGGCUUGGCUUACACCUGCUUUUGAACUCUACUGCAUUGGUGGGCCUAAUUUGUCACGAGCAGCAAUGGCGCAGGGCGCCAAUAAGAUUAUGCAAUGGAUCAAGAGAGAAGAGAACCGAUUGUUCAUCAUUGGCGGCGGUGUAUUUUGA